AUGGAUGCGGUUUUCAACGAUUUCAGGACGGCCUAUGAGGCAGGCAAUGGCUAUGACCUCUCCCAGACAUUUUCUCCCAUAUCGCCAGCCUCAGAUCCAGACCGACUCGAUCGGUUCUAUCGCAGUACGAACUUCCAACAUGUCCAGAAGGAUUUCAAGAAUCGGAUCAUGAGCAAUCAUGCUUCUCCGUUUACACUGCCAGCAGAGGAGGGCAAUGGAUGGGUGGAUGUAUACCACGCGUACUGGAAAGCCGUUGGCGAGAUACUGAAGGCGGAAGCUGCUGCAGAGAUGAGCUCAAAGGUAUCAUGGGUCAAGGUCUACGAAUCUUGGCGUGACAUGACCAUUGCUCUUAUCAGGGGCUACACCAAUUGCGGGUUUGAAGCCUGGACAGUGCCCUGCCUGUACGUGGCAGGCAAAUACAUCAGGAUCUUCGCCAUCAAGGCAGAUGAGGGCGCUGCAAGCACACUGGGAUCAGUCACCAAUUUUGAUGAUUUCAACCCUGAGGCCGAGAAGAACGAGAAGUUAGAAGAUGCAGCCAGACAUCUGAACAGGAUCUUUACAAUAUGUCUAAGUGACAGAGCACCCCUCGAAGAAUCACGAAAAUGGGGAAUUUACAACAUUAUUAAUCUCCUCUUCAAGACGUACUUCAAACUCAACUCCGUCAGUCUCUCAAAGAACAUCCUCAAGGCAAUCCAAGCAUAUCGAGGCGACAUGCCAACGUUAGAUGCCUUUCCAUUAGCACAUCAAGUGACAUUCAAGUACUAUGUUGGAGUCAUAUAUUUUCUUGAGGAGGCUUACGAGGAGGCUGAAAAACAUCUCACUGAAGCCUGGCAAAUGUGCCACAAGGACUCGAUCCGCAACAAAGAAUUAAUUCUCACCUACCUCAUCCCCUGCCACCUCCUCACCGCCCACACCUUGCCAAGCAGUGCUCUAUUGGAACCCUAUCCACGCCUGCAAGCCCUUUUCCUGCCACUGUCCCGUUGCAUCAAGAAUGGCGAUCUGGCAGGCUUCGAUGCCGCUCUUGUGGCAGGCGAAGACGAAUUUACCAAGCGCCGCAUCUACCUAACACUCGAGCGCGGCCGAGAUAUCGCCUUGCGCAACCUCCUUCGAAAAGUAUUCAUCUUCGGUGGUUUCGAGGAGAACUCAAAAGAUCCGGCUGCACCGCCUGUCAGGAAGACUAGAAUUCCUGUGAGCGAUUUUGGAGCAGCGAUCAGUUUGGGAAGCAAGGAAACGAUGGAGAACGACGAGGUGGAGUGUUUACUCUCGACCAUGAUUUACAAGAACCUAAUGAAAGGAUACAUAGCCCGCGAGCGCGGCAUUGUCGUUCUAAGUAAAGGGGGAGCCUUCCCCGGCACUGGUGUUUGA